AUGUAUGGAAGUUAUAAUUAUAGACCAACAACUUUCCCUACUACUACUACUAUGUCAUCAUCACUUAAUCAACAUAUUCAACAUACUCAACAACGUAAUCAACAUAAUCCACAUAAUAAUAAUAUAACAAUAAAGAAAAUUAUGUCAGAGCAAGAAGAUUUUAAAAAACGGGAAGAAUUAAUUAAUAACUAUAAAAGUUGUUUUGAUCAAUUACAAAUUAGUACUGAAGAUUUCAAGAAAAGAUUACGUUCAUUAAAUAGAGUAUAUAAAGAAUUACAGAGGUUGGGUUUUGAUAUUGAAACAUAUAUUCAUAAACAAAAUGAAAAGAAAUUAAUUAAUCAGAAAUUAAUGGAUGAAUUUAGAAGAGUUUUAAAACUUUUAAAUCAUUCUAAAUGA